AUGCCGGGAGGAUAUAAAUGGGAGGUGCAAUAUGCGAGGAGGAAGAGUAAAAAAGGAAGGGCUAUGGGGGGAAUUAUAGUGGGGGUGAGAAAAGGGGUAGGAAUAGAAGGAAAGUGUAAGGCGGAUAAAGAGGGAAUGGUGGAGGUGGGGAUAGGAAAAGGAGGGGAGAGAUGGAGGUUGGUGGGAGUGUACAUAAAUGGGGAGAUGGAGAAGAAGCUAGGGGAGAUGAAUGAAUGGAUGGAGGAGGAGGGAGACAGAGUAAGAACGAUAAUAGGGGGGGACUUUAAUGCAAGAACGGGAAAUUUAGGAGGAAGAGUGGAGAUAGGAGAGGAGGAGGGAGAGGAAGGGAAGGGGAGAAAAUCAAGAGAUACAAAAGUAAAUGGGGAAGGGAGAAGGUUGGUGAAGAAGCUGGAGGAAAAGGGGUGGGCGAUAAUGAAUGGAGGAAUAGCAGGGGAUGAGGAAGGGGGGUGGACAUAUAUGGGGCCGAAUGGGAAAUCGGUAAUAGAUUACAUAAUAGGUAAUGAGGAGGUAAGAGAGGAAAUCAGGAAGUUAGAGAUAGGUGAAAGGAUGGACUCGGAUCACAUGCCGUUAAUAGUGUGGUUAGAAGGGAAAGGAGGAGGAGGAGAAAGAAAAGGAAAAAAGAGGAGGAGAUGGAACUGGACGGAGGAGGGGAAGGAGGAAUUUAGGGAGAAGAUAGGGGAAAUUUGGGGGAAGCAGAGGGAUGAACAAGAAGAGGAGGGUGUAGAGGGAGAGUGGGAGGAGAAGAAAAAGAAGAUACAGGAAGUGUUAGAUAAGGGGAAUGAGAGAGAAGGAAAGGAGAAGAAAGAAAAAAAGAGAGGGUGGUUUGAUAGGGAGUGUAGAAGAGAGAAGGGGGAGGUGGUAAAGGAGUUAAAAAGGUGGAGGAGGAUAGGGGGGAAAGGAGAAGAAUACAGGAAAAGAAAAAAAAAGUAUGAGAGAUUAUGUAGAAAGAAGAAGGAGGAGGAGAAUGAGGAGUGGACGAAGAAAGCAAUGGAAGCGAGGACGGAAGGGCAGGUUUGGGAGGUGGUUAGGAGGGAAAGGGGAAAAGGAAAAGGAGGAAUGGGAGAGGGGAUUGAGAUGGAGGAAUGGAACAGAUAUUUUAGAGAUCUAUUAGGAGGGGUAGAAUCGAGAGUGAUAAUGGGAGGAAGAAGGACGGAGAAGGAGAGAGGGGAAGAUCAGAUAGAAAAGGGAGAAAUUAGGAGGGCGAUAGGUAGGAUAAAGGAAAGAAAGGCGGUGGGGGUGGACGGGAUUCCGGGAGAAGUGUGGAAAUUUGGAGGAGAGGGAAUAGAGAAGUGGGUAUGGGAGUUGUGCAAUAAGAUAUGGAAGGGGGAGGGGUGGAUAAGGGAGUGGAGUGAGGGGCUGGUGGUGCCAAUCUUGAAGAGGGGAUACGGGGUGGAGAUAUGGGGAUGGGAAGAGAGAGAGGGAUUGGAAAGGAUACAAGAAAGGUAUCUGAGAUGGAUGUUAGGAGUGGACUGGGGAACGCCUGGAUAUAUGGUAAGGGAGGAAUUGCAAAGGGAAAAGAUAAGGACAAGGAUGGGUAGAAGAGCAUGGGGAUAUGAGAGAAGGUUAGAGGAGG